AUGGUUAUGUGGCCAUUCCAUCUGGCCGUUCUUCUGGUUUUGUUCCGUAAGUGAUUAAUUGUAAUCAAAGUCUAAAAAUUCUGUAUUCGUUUUGUCUGUAAUGUAAACUUAAUACGGAUAUAGUUGUUUUUGUUAGCAAUAUACCAAAAAAUCGUGAAAAUAUAGUGAAUUUCUGAUUUUACCCUUUUCAGCGACAUUGUAUGCAAAUGAGCUGAGUAGAUGUUGUGCUGGUGGGGGACGUCACUAUAGGGAAGAAAAGGCUUGUAUAGGCUUAAAAUCAGAAGGAUCAUCCCCGACAUGUUCGAGGACGGCAGCCAUUUGUUGUUUAAGAGCAUCGUUGGAGAAAAGUUGUCAGUUAGGACGAGAAAUGGCUGUCAAAUACGGGUAUUGCUCCAACACGGUUAAUGUCCUUGGUGGAGGGUUGAGAAAAGUAAGUCAAGUUUUAAGUAGUAAUUGUGAAAAGUCAUUUUGGUUUUUUAAUUUAUAAAUUUUUGACAUUGUUGUACAAUUGAUGUCUAUAAUAUGAAUUUUUGAUGUUGUAGGAAUGUUGUGACUGUUGUUUGUUGGCCAAGGAACUGUCAAUGAAUGGAGAAUCAUGUGAAGCACCAGUCGGCUUUAGUGCAGCUUGUCUCAGCUCCUUUAACAAAUGUUGUAGUUCUGAUACUGAGGGUUCGAGUAAGUAGUAUUUAUUAUACAUAGCAAAAUAUUUACUUUGUGUAAAUAUGGAGUAUUUAUAAUAAAAAAUGGAUAAUUUAUUUGAAUUCAAAAUUUAAAAAUAUUAUCCUAACUUUCAGACUCGGAAUCCUCAUUGACUUUAAAAUCUCUGGGUGACAAAUGUGAACCAAAAACUUGUGACCAUAUCUGUAGUGACAAGGGAGACAAUGGAGUGGAGUGUUCGUGUAAAUCUGGCUACGACCUGGGCCCUGACGGUCGAUCUUGUAUCGGUUGGUUUGCUUUUUCUCCACUUGUCUCUGCUUCUUUGCCGCACUCUCGCUUUAAACGCUCUCUCAACCCUUGCUAUCGACGACCAAUGGGGCCAUGCCAUCCGGAAAUGGAGCGAUGCGUACCACUAGAGGGCACCAAUUACAGAUGCGACAUUUUACCAGCUAACAUAAUAUCUUCAAGGAUUAGGCAAAUGGAAAAGACAAUUGACCGAAGAAGCUGUGCUACUGGGUAUCAAUGGAGUAGUGGACGGUGUACAGGUUAGAAGAACACUGUAGGGUUUUAAACAACUAACCAAGACAGAAACGAAUGUAAAACAAAGUGUGAAUGGUGUAUAAGAUACUGUGGAAUGAAUCAGUCAAGUUUACUGUACCGUAAACCAUCCAAUGUGACAUCCUGACCCUUUUAAUGAUAAUUCUGUUUGUGUAUAACUGUUGUGUUGUGGUUUGUAAGCACAAAAAGAAGCAGAGGCACUAGACAGUAACCAUUACCGUUUCCUUAUAUGUUACCGUAUCCUUACCAGAUAUCGACGAAUGUCUUGAAUACGGCGACGAAAUGUGUUUGGAGCCGAAUACCCAAUGUCUGAACUCGGCCGGCUCUUUCCAAUGUGUGUGUAAGAUGGGAUUCUACUGGAGCCAUGCCGGUCAAGUGUGUGUAGGUACAUACAUGUCCAUUUUAUAUUUUUUUACUUCAGGUUUUACAUUUUUUUAGUUUUAAUUUCGAUAUUAUUUCUUUCCUAAAUUUAUCAUUUUAACCCUUGUGGCUUUGCCAAUUUGCUUUAAAAAACUUUUGAACCUAGCUUUCCAUGUUUAAAUUAUUGCCAGUAAUUAAUAUGUUAGCUAAUCUAUAUUAACAGAUAUUGAUGAAUGCCUUAUUGGGGCUGAUUGUUUGGAGUCACAACGAUGUCUGAACACACCUGGCUCAUACAAGUGUAUUCGUACUCUAACGUGUGGUACUGGUUAUGCUUUGGACAGUGAGACUGAUCAGUGUGUGGGUGAGGUGUUGACUAACAUUACUUUAACUGUACUACUUUAUUGUAACCAUUUUAUAAUACUCCAACAUUAUUUUUACAAAAGUGUUAUAUGUGGUUUUUUAAUAAGUUUUGCAAUAAUAUAGCCAAAAUUUAUACAUUGAGGUAGUUAUAUACCUAUAACAAUAUACAUGCCAUAUAAUAAUAUACAUGUUAUAUACCAUAACCCUCCACUUUCAGACGUUGACGAGUGUAACCUAGGCUCCCAUGACUGUGGGCCACUUUAUCACUGUCGUAACACCCAAGGUAGUUACCGUUGUGAUGCCAAAACAUGUGGUCCAUCAGAUAUUAUGAACCCAAAGACAGGAGAAUGUAUCUCAGUCAACUGUCCACCAGGAUACGAAGUAGUAAACGGUAGUUGUGCUGACAUAGACGAGUGUAGAACUACUAGAAGAUGUGGAUUCUACGAGGAAUGUAUCAACCUACCAGGAUCGUACAGAUGUCAGGAGAAAGGAAAUCUGUGCGCUUCUGGAUUCAGAAUGGACAAGGAGUCCGGAUUCUGUCUGGGUAGGUCAUAGGCAAUGAGAUAUUUUCAUACAAUGUAUAUUUCCCAGUUCGACACAUAUUACAAUAAUUUCAUGUUAUGUGUACUGUAUUCAUACUGUAUCGUGAUUUAUUACCUACUAUACAAAUUCACUUUAGACAUUGACGAAUGUGCCACAGGAGAAAAUACCUGCAGCGAUCUACAAUGUAUCAAUCUGCCUGGCAGCUUCAAAUGUCGCUGUUCAGCUGGAUUCGAGUUCAAUGAGAACACCAAACUAUGUGAAGAUGUAGAUGAAUGUGAGAAGUUCAAAGGUCACAUCUGUUCACAACAUGCCACAUGUGAGAAUACGAUCGGCGCCUUCAUAUGUCAUUGUAACAAGGGCUACAAGCUGGGAGAAGACGGACGACAUUGUGAUGGUAGGUUUGGCAUUAAAAAGCUUUUAUCAAACGGUUAGAUUAAUAUUACUACAUACAUAUAUGUACAAUUACAAUAUAUGUAUAUGUAAGGAAUAAUUUACAAUUCUAUUAACUUUACGACUAAAUUACAAUAAGAAAUAUGACCCACUAUAAUAUAUUACUGAUUAGAUGUCGAUGAAUGUGAGAACGGUGAAGCACAGUGUCAACAAAGAUGUGUUAACACACCUGGAAGCUAUCAAUGUGUGUGUAACAGAGGAUAUCAACUUGGAUUUGAUGAAAAGACUUGCGAAGACAUCGAUGAAUGUUCAACUUGGGCCAGAUCUGGUAAGCAAACCCCGUAUGCUUACUCAUACAGCCACAUGUAAAGUUGCAGUAUUAGGCUAUUAAAAUAGUUUUUUUUUAUUAUUACGGAAAAAAUAAUGUAAUAGUAAUCAGGUUUUUUAUUACAAUAUCUUUGCGAAACAAUAACAAUCCUUAAAAGUACCGUAACUGAAGUUAGAACCUACAAUAACUAUCUCAAAUUUAGGUCAAGAACUAUGUAUGGGAAAGUGUAUCAACACUCCUGGAGCCUUCAGAUGUACGUGCCCAUCUGGCUAUGCCCUACUGGAUGACAAUGUAACAUGCAAAGACAUAGAUGAAUGUGCUUCUACUGGAUGUUCUGACCCCAAUUCUGUCUGUGUCAACACUUUAGGAGGCUUCAGAUGUCAGAAGAUCGAAUGUCCGGAUAAAUAUGUGCCGGAUAAACAUUACAAAAAGUGAGUUACAGCAAACGAAAUUAAAAUUUAGAUAACAUCAAGUGACUAUUGACGUACUACUAACCACAAAAUAACCUAAUAUGUCAUAACUUGACACAACGAACCUUGUCCUUUUUGCUGUCUAACAUAAGAUUUUAGUCGUUGUGUGAGAGACGGCUCACAGUGUGUUGAUGUAACCUCAGACGAGUGUAGGAACAGUCCAGUCCACAUCUCCUGGCAACAUAUUGCCAUUCCAAAACAGGUCAACAUAUCAAGUCAACGUACCUCGAUAACCCUAUUCAGCAUGAAAGGGCCUUCAUCUUCCAAAGCUAACAUGCAGUUUGAGUUGAGGAUUGUCGAUGUGAUACCAGGUAUAAUGCUUAGAACUUACAGUAUUAUCCUAUGUGCCCCUUUGGUCUGGUACUAUUUUAACACAACUAACACUAACCUUUUUAGAAUCCACCACUGUCAACGUUGCGGUAAGAGAAAACUUCUUGCUACAGAAAGGCGACGACCGAAACAGUGCCAUUAUUGCCCUCAGGGACUCUUUAGACGGACCUCAAGAGGUCAUUCUCGAACUAACACUUCGACUAACCAAUAACGGCCAUUUCUCCGGAAAAUAUGUAGCUAACCUUGUGGUAUACGUGUCACAAUACAAACAUACUCCACAACUCAAACAUCUACACAUAAAACACCACCACCAUCAUCAUCAACACAAAAGCUUCAUAUUUUAG